AUGCAGACGCUUGGGGAGAAGUGGAGCCAGUCGGACUCGCUUCUGCAAGGUCCAUGGGACUAUUUGAGGUUAAACUAUGGAGAUUAUCUGCGAUCACCACUGUUUCCGGUGGUUUUUGCCCUCUCAAUCGACUACUUUUAUGUGGCAAUUUUUACGAGUAAGUAAAACACGCAAUCUUCAGACAACGCUGAAAAAUUUCGGUGAUUUUUUUCCGAUUCCGACUUUUUUUACAUUUCGCAUAUGACGGGAAAAUAAUGAGGGCAAUAAGGUUGCGCUUGCUGAAUCCACAUUAUUUUCUCGACAGACUGAUAUCAGUUUUUGUCAAAGUGCUUUUGCGAUUCUCCAUGCGACAGAGUGCUCAUUAUUUUACCGACAGAAGGAUAUUAAAAAAAAAAGAUUUUUUAGGACAAGUCACAGGGCGAUAAAAAAAUGAAAUUUUUGACGCACAAUAAAAUAAAAAAAAAGCAUUUUUUAAGACCACACACAGCGCAAUAGUUUUUUUAUAACUUUUCCAAUUUAAAUUUUUUUUAACAGAUUUAUCCUAAUUUUGAUUUCAGCAAUUGACCUCUUCUUCUACGAUGUUCCAUUCUUCAAAAAAGCCAAGAUUCAGAAACACAUUCCGGUGACUUGGAAGUUGGUCAAGGAAACGCUCAGUCUCCAAUUGCUAAACCAGUUUCUCUGGUGAGUUUUUGUUCUUUUGCGGGCUAAAAUACGGAGCACGUCAAGAAAAAAUAAAACAAAAGCGCUCAAGCAAUGAAAAAUUCUUGGCAUUCUGUUUCAGCGAAAGAAUAAUUUUUUGCUCCAAAGAGAACCUGAUUACACCAUGAAGAUGAGGUAGAAUGGGGUUAUUGCAUAUAUAAAUUUGAAGCUGGGGUCCUGCUUAACCUGAAUAUAUAUAUUUCAUAUAAAAAAUCGGUCGUCUUCUGUCUGUUUGAAGCCUAAACUAACAGCGCCUAAAAAGUGUUGCGAUUUCGAGGAUUUCUCUAAGAUUUUCCCUCGCCCCUAUUUGAAGUUUCGUGGAAACAUAGUCUGGAACAAGGCGGAGCCUAAAACGAAAAAAAAUCAAAUGAGCCAGUUUCGAGAUAGAAAAUCUCUUCAUUUUGCGCAAUAUUUCGCCUUUCCUCUGACUUCAUCCAAAAAAACCGUCAUUGAGACGGAUUUUUGUACACUUUCAUAAGCGGGAACAGAAUGCCAACUUUCGUGUUGAAAGAUAACCCUUUGAGCGCAAAAUCUUGACGUGCGGAGGUUUUAUUUAUUUUUUUUUCAAUUUGUAUCUCACAAUGAAUUUAGGAUCUACCCAAUGGCACUUGUCCAAGUGAUCUGGGUGCCCGAGGACACGCUACCGGAGAAAGCCCCAAGUUUAUGGGAGCUUUGUUGGCAGAACGCCACAUUCUUCGUCUUGUUCGACGCUGGCUACUUUGUCUACCAUUUGAUGUCACAUAAGGUUGGUUUUCUUGCUUAUUUUUGCUUAACUAAAGAUCACUUUUUAAGUAUAUUUUUUUCUUAUCAAGGUUAUACUUGGUAUUUUGCUCUUUUCAUCCCGAAAAGAACGAAAAAUGCAAGGUGUUUUGCCAUGUUUUUGGUCAAUAUAAUAGAUUACAAAAAAAUAGGAAACACUCGUCUUCCAAGCUUUUGCGAAAAAUGGUUAAAACUUCUCAUCUUGCCUAAAGAACUAUGCAGUUGUGGAGAAGACCACUUUGCAUGAUGGUAUCCUUCAUGUAAAAAAAUUGCAUCUUUUUCCGUCUGACUGGAAAAAACUAAUAUCUGUCUGUCGAAAAAAUAGUGAGUGCAAUAUCGCAGCGCCAACUGAAGUGGAGCCGCUGAAGUGGAAAGCAAUUUGGUUUUGUCUCGACACAAUUCGUUUUCUCGCUGCGACAUUGCGCUCGUUAUUUUCCCGACAGACAGAUAGUACUGUGUUUCUUUGAAGCACAGGAGGUACGCCCUUUUACUACUAGGCUUUUCGUAAAAUACGCAGACUUUAGGGAUGGGUAGCAUUGGGUAAAACCUGACGCUCUUCUUGCAGAUCCGUUGGCUGUACCGUUGGUGCCACUCCGUCCACCACAUGUACUCCUCUCCAUUCGCCGCCGCCGCUCAGCAUCUCCACCCGUUCGAGCUGUUCUUCACCGCCACCUUCAUCACCUGCGUUCCGUGGCUGUUCAAGCCGCACUGCGUCACGUAUUGGGUGUGGUUCCUGAUCGCGCAAACCGUCUCGUACGAAGUCCACAUUGGCUACGACUUUCCGUUCAUGUUGCAUCGCUUUAUUCCGUUCUAUUCGGGCGCUCCGGCCCAUGAUAUGCACCAUGUGAGGCCGUUGACCUGCUUUGAGCCGUGGUUCAACUACUGGGACAAGUUGUUCGGCUAUCAUGUGACGUAUGAGGAUGUGAAGAGGAUGAAUAAGGAAAUGUCAGCGAGAUACGGGAUGUACAGUGACGAGGAUGUGAAGGGAUUGAAAAUGUUGAAUUAA